CCAAGUUAUACUGAUGAUAAUAAUAAUCCUUGGAAUCUUGUUCCAACUUAUCAAUCUAUUUCAUCUAAUGGUACUAUUGGAGAAAAAUCAUUUAUUGAAACUCCAGACGAUAAUACAAAUUUAUUUGCAAAAUUUAGUACAUCUUUUUUAGCAGUAUAUUUUAUGCUAACUGGUGAUACAAGCGCUGUUUCUUCCUGGGUUUUACAAAAUAAUUUGAUGUUGUCAUUUUUAUUAGUUACAUUUUUAUUUUUUACAACAAUUUAUCUGUUGAAUUUAUUUAUAUCAUUGCUUUCAAUGACUAUGGAAAAAAAAGAGUAUGAGGAAAUAUAUUUACGAACAAAAGCAGAGAUAUUAUCUGAAAUUGAACUAUUUUGGAUGCUCCCCCACCAAAGAAGAAAGAAAAACUGGUUUCCAGAAAGUUUAAAAUAUGUAAAAAAGCUUGAAGAUGAGCAAAAUGAUGAAAUUUUACAAGAUUUACUUCCUGCAAUUAAAGAAAUCGUCAAAGCCAAAGACUCAACCAAAGACUCAGCUGAAGACUUGCCCUAUGAUCUCAUCGCGCAAAGCUUACCUUAA